GACGGACAUUUCCGAAGAAGGGUCAGACGUGUGUGGUGCACUACACAGGGAUGCUACAGAACGGAAAGAAGUUUGAUUCCUCCAGAGACCGAAACAAGCCUUUCAGGUUCAAGAUUGGCAGGCAAGAAGUCAUUAAAGGUUUUGAAGAAGGCGUUACACAGAUGAGCUUAGGACAAAGAGCAAAGUUGACCUGUACACCUGAGAUGGCCUACGGAGCCACAGGCCACCCUGGAGUCAUCCCUCCCAAUGCUACUCUCCUCUUUGAUGUGGAGCUUCUCAGGUUAGAGUGAACCUUCUCGAGGGAGUUGGCCGGAGACAUCUGUCAAUAGUCAUCCAUUCUUUCUCCCCUUCCCAGCAGUAGAAGUUUUCACUGGAAUCCUGAUCUUCCCUGUUCAAGCUGUCAUGUUAAUAGCGCCUGGCCUUAGGCUUAGGUCCUUACGCCUUCUUUCUCUUUUUUUAACUUUGUGGUGUUUCUAUUUGCCUUUUAUUAGAAGCUUUGUUUUGAGAAAAAUGUCUACCGUUGUAACAUUUUCAAGUUGUACAUUUUAUUUAAUUUGCAUGUAAUAAAAGUUCACAGUGACGAUUGAGAAUAUAUAUAAAUAUAAAUAUAUAUAUAAUCCUUAUUGAAAAACCACUGCCUUACUGUACACUCAAACCAAGAAAAAAAAACAAAAAGGUGCUCAAAAAAUCCAGUGUACACCUUGUACAUGAACGGGCAUUAGCCAAACAGAGUUACCUGCGCUGCCACUUUUCUCAACUUGUACGUUCUGCUUGCUGCUGUUUUGAAAAAUACUGUUUCAUUUAAAAAUUAAAAAGUAUAUAUAAAACAAUAAAAUCUUGAUACUUUACAGUUUCUGUGUUUCCCAUUUUUCUGCUUUAAAGUCACUGGCCGUUGGAAUUCUUUUUAUCAGUGUAAAAGUUCUUCAAACUAUCAUCAGCCCAUUUGCUUGUCAAUUAUUUCUCUUCUUGUAUGAAACAUGCAUCAUGCCGCAUACCGCUUCUGUUCUAAAUUGCACAGCGGAAGAGCUCUGUGGGACCAAAGGAAACGAGGACCGUGACUGUAGGGGCUGUUGGGACAGACUAGUCCUCCCGACUCUCCACCUCCCCGUCCUCCUGAAGGCCCAUCAGCUCUGGCCAUAUUCUGGCUGCUGAAGAAGUGGAAAAUAAGCAGUGUUUCUCAAAGACAUUUAGUACUGGUCCAGUUCUACAGCUUUACAACAUUGAAACUUGUGUAAAAAUUUUCUGCUGGAACUGAGAUAGGCUAAAGAGAAGUAGAAUUAUACGCAUUCACCUCACAAAAUAAAUCGUAACUAUGGGAGGACGUGGCUGCUGGAGACGUCUUUUUUUAGGCUGCACUUUCUGGUUCUGUUUGCUUAACUGGUAAAUUUAAUUUGUACCUAGGCUUAUGGCACUUGAGACUGGGCAAUAUUUAUUUCAUUCAACAGUUAUGUUAAUUCACUAAGUGCUCAUUCCUCCUUUGUAGGUGCGGAAAUGUGUAGAGUCAUUUGCCCAGUUUUAGGAGGAGAACCUAACUAAGCAAAGCUGUCUCCAUGCUGUUAGUUUGCAAUGGCCUAAACUUAAUUUCUGGCAUACUGAGCUUGUUAAACUGUCUCUUAUUACUGAGUUAAAUUGCCCUUUUUCUCUUGAGUAUAGAAAAAUGAACAUAUCUAGGUAUUUUUUUAUUUGAUUAUAAACUGUUUGCAUAUUUUUCAACUACUGGAUUUUUGAUAGAAACAUACGAGGCAAUUGAUUCACUGUUUUCUCGUGUGAGUCUAUAUAAGAAAAAUACAUCUAGCAUGAGGAGGCAGACUGCAAAGCUUCAAGCAAAUAGGCAGUGAGAUGAUACCUCCUAGAGAGCAAAUAUAAAAUGAACACAGAAAAUCCAGAUUGGCAGUGUGAUCACCAGUGACUACAGAUCUGGCUUCUUUCUCUAGAUAGUCAUCUUAGCCACAAAGCAGCAUUUUAGCUUGUUAAUACAUAAAUAAAUAAUCCCAUCUCUUACAAGCUAUUAUCCCCAAUGAUAGGAAUAAACCUUUUUUUUUCUUUUUGGUGGAAAUCUAUGGUCAUUGUAGCAACUAGACUGCGCUUUAUCUACGUGUUUCGUUAAUAGGUCUGUUAUUUAGGAUAGAGUAAUUUUAUGCUAUUAAACAAUAAAUUUCCUGUUAGUAAAGAAGAAAUUAGACUCGUCUGAUGCCCACAAGCUCUCCCAGCUUCUUUUGAAAGGUCACGAUCGCUUUUGCGCUUCCCCACCUCGGGGACUAGCCUUGAUUUCAGCACGAGGUUGCACAUCGCAGUCUGCGUUGCAGCAGUUUUACACGUGAGCUCCUUUAGACUUUGUGGGUCCGUGUAAUGUAGUCCCAUCGCUCCCGCCAAACACUGUUUGACUUGGCACACUGUUCUAAAGCCUCUCCUAUCAUACCCCAUUUUAAGCUAGUUGCUCAUUUAAAAAAAAAAAAAAAAAGAGGUCUGGUUUGGGAGCUUUCUUGAGCUUCUCUGAAGUGAACAACAAUGCAAAGAACUGAUUUAGCUUACCUGGAACGACCUCGUUUUCCUUGUACGCCUUCGUUGUCUGUUGAUCCCAUUGAGGCUCUGGCAAACCUCUGCUGUGUCUAAAGCCAUAGCUAUGGCAUCACUCUACCUGAAAGCUUUUGCUGGGGUCCUUAUCAAUGGAAAACAUCUUCCAGCUGGGCUUUAAGAGCUGAUCGUACUCACUCGGUCAUUUCCUCUCUAUUUGAAGAGCUGCUGUGCACUUACCUUUCCUAUUGCCCUCAGCAGUACAGCACUGCUAUUACUGAGUCUGUAAAACUCUUAUUACGGCUGGUUGAUGAAGCUCUCUCCCACACCACCCUUCCUCUUCAGAGGCCUCUGUUGGAA